GGGUUCAGUGCUCUGUAGAGAUGGGCGAGUCCCCACCCACCUCUGGUGCUUACUUGUAAAUAAGUUUCCAAUAUAUUGGAGCUGCCAGUGUUAGAAUAGGUGUGUAGGACAUUUACUCACCUUUAACCAUGUCUGAACUAGCAAAGGAACCCGAGGCCAGUACGCCAGGCAAUAAGAAGCGUCCACUGGCCCAGGGUCUGGAGGGCAUUGCUCCUUUGGUGACUUCAGUGGAAGAGACUCCAGAACCCAUUGCUACAGUAAUAAAAGGCAAUAUUCCUUCCUGGAUCAAUGGAAGCUUCUUGCGCAACGGCCCUGGCAAGUUUGAAUUUGAUGAGAGCAGGUACAACCACUGGUUUGAUGGCAUGGCGCUGAUGCACCGUUUUCACAUCCGUGAUGGUCUGGUGACCUACAGCAGCCGAUUUCUACAGAGUGACUCUUACGUACAGAACCUGGAGAAGAACCGCAUUGUGGUGUCAGAGUUUGGGACUUUGGCCAUGCCUGAUCCAUGCAAGAACAUCUUUGCUCGGUUCUUCUCUCGCUUCCAGAUCCCAAAGUCCACUGAUAAUGCAGGCGUGAGCUUUGUCAAGUACAAGGGAGAUUUCUAUGUGAGCACAGAGACCACCUACAUGCGGAAAAUCGACCCGCAGAGUCUGGAGACCAAAGAGAAGGUGGACUGGAGUACAUACGUCGCCAUCAAUGCAGCUACAGCCCAUCCACACUACGGCCGUGAUGGUGCAGCCUACAACCUGGGAAACUCAUAUGGAGCACGAGGAUAUUUCUAUAACAUUAUCCGUGUUCCUCCUGCUGAGGGAAAGACAGAUGGAGCUGAUCUCAGUGGUGCAGAAAUCCUCUGUUCCAUUCCAGCUGCUGAUCCAAGGAAACCAUCCUACUACCACAGCUUUGCUAUGUCAGAGAAUUACGUGAUCUUCAUUGAGCAGCCGAUCAAGCUGGACCUGCUGAAGUUCAUGUUGUACAGAGUUCAGGGCAAGAGUUUCCACAAAGUCAUGUCCUGGGAGCCCCAGCUGGACACUGUCUUCCAUGUCAUUGACCGACGAACAGGCCAGCUAAGCAGCACCAGGUACUACACCAGCGCCAUGUUCACUCUUCACCAAAUCAACGCCUAUGAGGAUAACGGUUAUCUCAUCAUGGACAUGUGCUGUGGAGAUGAUGGCAAUGUGAUUGGUGAUUUCACAGUGGAGAACCUCCGCAAGGCAGCAGGAGAGGAGCUGGACAAGUUUUACAAUUCCUUGUGCACAAACCUGCCUCGACGAUAUGUCCUGCCUCUGGAAGUAAAUGGAGAAGAACCAAAUGACAAAAACCUCAUCAGUUUACCCAACACCACCGCCACAGCUGUGAAGACCGAAACUGGGGUGUUCUGCACACAUGAGAAUCUCUACAAUGAUAAUCUUUUGGAGUACGGUGGCCUGGAGUUCCCACAAAUAAACUACAGUCACUACAACGCUCGUCCCUAUCGCUACUUUUACGCCUGUGGCUUUGGACACGUGUUUGGCGACUCCUUGCUUAAGAUUGACCUUGAAGGAAAAAAGCUGAAGGUGUGGCGCCACCCUGGUCUGUUCACGUCAGAGCCUGUGUUUGUUCCAGCACCAGACGCCAAAGAUGAAGAUGACGGGGUGGUCAUGUCUGUGAUCAUCACGCCAAGAGAGAGGAAAAGCUCAUUCCUCCUGGUUCUGGAUGCUAAGACCUUCACAGAACUGGGUCGUGCUGAGGUACCUGUGGACAUCCCUUCUGGAACUCAUGGACUGUUCAAUGAGUCAAGCUAAAAUCAGGAUGCAAGACUGUGUGGAGCUCCCAUAAGUACAAUAAAACAAUGUGUUUCUGAAAAAAAUAUCAGAAAUAAAGUCCUGUGUUUUUAAUAUAAUGAUCUGAGUUUUAUGCAAUGUGACCUCAUUGUGAAGCAUGGUAGGAAAACAGCUGAGGAAUACAUGAUAUGGGCCUUGUGUACCAUUGUGAAAAAGUAUAUAAUACACCAUGUAUGAUCUAGACCCCAUCUACAGUGGUAUGAAAAAGUAUCCAGAUUUCCAGUCAAUAUCAGCAGAUUCUUGAGAAUAAUGUUUAAGAAUCAGUGAGAAGGUUGAAGUUUGAAGCGCCCGGGGCUGGAUCCUUCCACAAGACAACGACCCUACACUGCUCACAGAGGAACAACGUUCUGGAAUGAUCAUCACAGUCCUCAAUCUAGACCUGAAUAUUAUUAAAAAUCUGUGUUGUGAUUUAAAGCGGGCUGUUCAUGCAAUAGUUUCUUAGUGUCUUGAAGAGGUUUCUGGAGGUGCUGAACAAUAGUUGCUGCUUUUCCUUCACACUGUGAAGCUCCAGCUCAUCCCAAAUAAAUCUCCUCAAAUCAC